CCGAAGUUCCGUGCCGAAUUCAUCGAGGUGAUGAAAUGGUUACAAGUCCCUCUAUCCGGAUAAUCGGGCACAGGUCAGUUUCAAAACGAAAACAGCACAAAGGCAAAACGAGCAGGCUGUGUUUAUUGUUACAGCAUGCGCUCCGACACGAAGACGUGAGAAACAGAAGCUGGACCGUCAAUGCCCGGAUUUUCUCUUGAACAUGUUAAUGUAUGGAGAUAUAACUUCUUGAAUUAAGCAGAAAUGUGGCCGACUCGUUUUCUUCUCCGCUGCUGCUUGGUCUUCACCAUCGGGGUUGUUCAGAUGAGCGCCGCGCAGUCAGUGUGUACCGGGACGGAUAACAAGCUCAGCACGCUAUCUGAUUUGGACCAGCAGUACAAAACUCUCCGUAAAUUCUACGAGAACUGUGAGGUGGUCAUGGGUAAUCUGGAGAUCACCAGUAUCGAACGCAACCGCAACCUGUCUUUCCUCAAGUCUAUCCGAGAGGUGACAGGUUACGUGUUGGUGGCACUGAACCAGUUUGACUCUCUUCCCCUGGAGAACUUGCGGAUCAUCCGUGGAACCAAACUCUACGAGGGACGUUACGCGCUGGCCAUCUUCCUCAACUACAGGCGAGACGGCCUCUUCGGCCUCAGACAGCUCGGUCUCAAGAACUUGACAGAAAUCUUGAAUGGGGGCGUGUAUGUGGAUCAGAACAAGUUCUUGUGCCACGCUGACACCAUCCACUGGCAUGACAUCAUCAAGAACCCGCGUUCUGAACUCCUGGUGGUUCCUUCCAACAACAGUGGAAACACAUGCAGGCGGUGCCAUCGGUCCUGUAACGGCCGCUGUUGGGGACCCCAAGAGGACCAGUGCCAAAGCUUAACAAAGACGGUAUGUGCAGAACAGUGUGACGGGCGAUGUUUCGGGCCGUACGUCAGUAACUGUUGUCAUCGCGAGUGUGCCGGCGGCUGCUACGGACCCAAAGACACGGACUGCUUUGCUUGUACGAACUUCAAUGACAGCGGGGCCUGUGUGACGCAAUGUCCCCAACCGUUCGUCUACAAUCCAACAACCUUCCAACUUGAGCUCAAUCCCAAAGCCAAAUACACGUACGGAGCUUUCUGCGUCAAGAAAUGUCCACAUAACUUUGUGGUGGAUCACAGCUCGUGCGUUCGAGCCUGUCCGAGCAACAAGAUGGAAGUCGAGGAGAAUCACAUCAAGAUGUGCAUCCCAUGCACAGACAUCUGUCCAAAAAUGUGUGACGGGAUAGGUACCGGCAGUCUUCAAACGGCUCAAACGGUGGAUUCCAGCAACAUCGAGAAGUUUGUCAACUGCACCAAGAUCAACGGCAACCUCAUCCUCCUCAUCACAGGCAUCAAAGGAGACAUGUAUCACGGCAUUGGAGCUCUGGACCCUGAGAGACUAAAUGUGUUUCGCACAGUCAGAGAGAUUACAGGUUACUUGAACAUCCAGUCUUGGCCAGAGAACAUGACCGACCUUGGUGUCUUUUCCAACCUUGUCACCAUAGGAGGAAGAACUCUUUACAGUGGUAUUUCUCUACUGAUCCUGAAACAGCGCUGGAUCUCUUCAUUGCAGUUUCAAUCUUUGAAAGAAAUCAGCGCUGGUAAUGUUUACAUCACCAACAACAGUCAGCUGUGCUUCUACAACACGGUAAACUGGACCGGUCUGUUCCGCACCAGCACCCAGCGAGUCCUGAUCAAAAACAACAGAGACCCCAGAGAGUGCAUCAAGCAGAAGAUGAUGUGUGACCCGCUGUGUUCAGAAGCUGGCUGCUGGGGUCCAGGUGCAGACCAGUGUCUGUCAUGUAAAUACUUCAGCCGAGGGAAGACAUGUGCAAAAUCCUGUAAUCUAUAUGAUGGAGAUGUUCGAGAGUUUGCCAAUGGUUCUGCGUGUGUGGAGUGUGACAACCAGUGUGAGAAGUCCGAGGAUAAAACUCUAACGUGUCUUGGCCCAGGUCCAGACCACUGUGUGAAGUGUUUGCAUCUGAAAGAUGGGCCCAACUGUGUGGAGAAAUGCCCCGACGGUCUACAGGGAGCAAACAGCUUCAUCUUUAAAUAUGCUGAGACCAACAAUGAGUGUCACCCAUGCCACCCCAACUGCACUCAGGGGUGUACUGGACCCCGGAUCCAAGAUUGCAUCGGGAUGGUUGACAGGACUCCUCUGAUAGCGGCUGGUGUGAUUGGAGGGAUGUUCGUUGCAGUAAUCGUGGCGCUCGGUUUUGCCAUUUGUUUCCGCCGCAAAAGCAUCAAGAAGAAACGAGCCUUGCGUCGUUUUCUAGAAACGGAGUUGGUGGAGCCAUUGACUCCCAGCGGUGCAGCACCCAACCAGGCUCAACUGCGUAUACUGAAGGAAAUGGAGCUCAAGAGGGUCAAGAUUCUUGGAACUGGAGCCUUCGGCACCGUCUACAAGGGAAUCUGGGUUCCAGAAGGGGAAACUGUGAAGAUACCAGUGGCCAUAAAGAUACUCAAUGAAACCACAGGACCAAAAGCUAAUGUGGAGUUUAUGGACGAGGCGUUGAUCAUGGCCAGCAUGGAGCAUCCCCAUCUGGUGCGUCUGUUGGGGGUCUGUUUGAGUCCCACCAUUCAGCUGGUCACUCAGCUCAUGCCCCACGGCUGUCUGCUUGACUACGUACACGAGCACCAGGAGAACAUCGGCUCUCAGCUGCUGCUCAACUGGUGCGUCCAGAUCGCCAAGGGUAUGAUGUAUCUGGAGGAGAGGCGUCUGGUGCACAGAGACCUGGCGGCACGUAACGUACUAGUGAAAUCUCCAAACCACAUUAAGAUCACUGACUUCGGCCUCGCCCGACUGCUGGAUACAGAUGAGAAGGAAUACAAUGCAGAUGGAGGCAAGAUGCCCAUCAAGUGGAUGGCGUUAGAGUGCAUUCACUACAGGAAGUUCACACACCAGAGUGAUGUCUGGAGCUACGGAGUGACUAUUUGGGAGUUGAUGACGUUUGGAGGUAAGCCCUACGAUGGGAUUCCCACCCGUGAGAUUCCAGACAUACUGGAGAAGGGCGAGCGUUUACCCCAACCGCCCAUCUGCACCAUAGACGUCUACAUGGUGAUGGUGAAAUGUUGGAUGAUUGAUGCCGACAGUCGGCCUCGAUUCAAAGAACUCGCCGCGGAGUUCAGCCGAAUGGCUCGAGACCCUCAGAGAUACCUGGUCAUACAGGGGGACGAUCGCAUGAAGCUGCCCAGCCCAAACCACAGUAAGUUCUUCCAGAGUCUUCUGGAUGAGGAGGAACUGGAUGACCUGAUGGACGCCGAGGAGUACUUGGUUCCUCAUUCCUUAAAUGCCCAUCCCACUUCCCACAUAUCCGGCCCACACGUCGACUCGAAUCAAAACCAGUUUGGGUAUCAUGAUGGAACGUGGCGUCCUGAGGAGGCAUCAGAGGCUCGAUCUCGUGAGGCAUUGGCCACAGGCAGUAGCCCCUCCGUCACUGCUGGUAUACAGAGAGCAGGUCUGAAUACAGUGGAGGGGCAGCAAUGCAACGGAAGUUUGAAAAAACAGACCACAGGUCACUCAAUGGAGGACAGCAGCGGUCAGCGAUACAGUGCAGAUCCAACUGUGCUACUGGGAGAAAGAGAACAGAGAGGAGAUACAGAUGAGAACGGCUAUAUGUCGCCUAUGAAAGACAAGAGCUCCAUCAAUCAUCUGAAUCCCGUCGAAGAGAAUCCUUUUGUUACCCGGCGUAAAAAUAAAGACCUCCAUGCAAUAGACAACCCGGUUUACCACAGCACCCCCGAUGGCAAACCCAAGUGCGACGACGAGUAUAUAAACGAGCCUCUUUACCUCAACACGUUCAACAACACCAACGACACCACCCAGGAGAUGUUACGAAAAAACGGAGUCUCCAUCCCACUGCAGGUGACAACAGCAACCCACAAUCCAAGCAGCCAGGUUUCCCACGUCACACAAGUAGGUCGACCCCAUCAUCACAACCACGGACCGCACGUUCACUUCGCCAUACCGCCGGUUCAACCCGUUCACCCCGUACCAAUGAGCCAGAACGAUCAACAUACCAAAUCGGUUCAGGCCAUCCAUGAUCGCACCAGCAAAUCUGCUCUGCCGCCACCUGCAGAUCAGAUCUGUGUAGUAAGCAAAUCCAAUCGUUCUCCCCAACAGUUUUAUUUGGCAAAAUCUGCGGUCACAGGUAAAGUCGGCACGUCUGGCCUGCCGGGUCACCCCGUGCCACCGGGCGGCAUGAUUCUAUCGGACAAGGUGUACAGGAAUAACUUUGACAAUCCUGAAUAUUGGCAGCACAGCCUUCCACCCAAGAUGAGCCCUCAGAACUUGCAAGACUCUACAGUGAUUUGCAAUAACAAGUUUCUUUACAAGCAGAACGGACGCAUACAGUCGUCCAUGCCGGAAAAUCCGGAGUACGUGUCCGAAUCGGGUACCAAGCCAGGGCCGGUCCUGCCUCCUCCUCCCUACCGGCAGAGGAACACUGUGGUCUGAAGACCGGAUCUCCGUGCUCUGUAGAGCCUGGUUCUUUUACCAGCACUUUACCUUCAAUGUCUUUCCUCGAUCCGACGUCGGUCAACGAAAGAGGCUGUGAAAUAAUAUACGGGAGAACUUACAUGUGUAACGUGUUCAAGAAAGAGGCCGUCCAACGGGGAAGGUAACUCCAUCCAGGUCUGUCCAAACUUCAUCCCAAAAGAUCGUGCCAGCAACCCAAACUCUAUUAAGUCAACAUUUAAAUGAUACAAAAAUUGAUAUUUAGUAGCUAGUUGUAGAAAUGGUGGUUUCAACGUCGGUAACCACUUCGGUUGAUCAAGUGUGGAAUUUUUUUUAAAUAAAUGUCUUGGUCAAAAUUGUAUUUUAAACGAACAAUGAAAUAUAAAAUCUGCUCGAUAAUGCAGAUUAGAAGCGCACAUUUCUUGACUGCAUCACUCCAGCGCAUACUUCGGCCAUUUUAAACCAGUUACACUGCUGCCCUACAGGGACAAGUACUGUUACAUUAAAAAUAUUGUGAAUUUAAUUCUUCGACACAGCGAGCUGAGCAGAAUGCCGAUAAAAGCGUGCGUAUUUUCUCACAAUGAAUGCAAAGUCCUACAAUAUUGUCAGUGGAAGUCAUGGCCUUAUUUGCCUGUGAUGAGCAAGAGAACUCAAGGGGAUUCACCAGUAGAGAGAUACAGAGAAUUCCUCAGCAGAAAGAACAGUACUGAAUGGUUUACAGGGUGUUUACAUUCAUUUUCUUUCAUUUCGAAGGCUCGGACAAAGGACGUCUGAUAACUUAAAUUAUCCUUUGUGUCAUUUUUAACUUCAUCUUUCAUGUUCCUGUGGGUUGAAAGAGGCUCGUGUUGGUCACCUUAAUCGGUUGAUACUGCUAGAUGGUAAACGUCAAAUUCACAUACAGUAAAUUACCAAAUCAUCAUGAUGCGUUUACUUAUUUACUAGUAAUUUAGGUUUUAUUGGUGCAAUGCAAUGUGUUAAUAUUGAAUUCAAAUAUCGAACGUUGAAUUUGGGCACAACAUUUAUAUUAUCAUUACUAUUUAUUUAAAAAGGCUGCUAAACCUUUUUUGGGGGCAUUUCAUUGAUAUUCCACAACACAAAUACAUUUUUAGUUGGCACAGUCAGUUUACAUGUGUCGGAUGUUUUGGACAUGUUAUACUGUGUUAUGAAUUACAAUAAAGCUGAAUUUGUGUAAAAGACUGUUAAAAGACAAAUUCAAAAGUACAGUAUGUAUUUGUCAUGUUUUAUAAUACAGAAAGCUUUUAGUUUGUUGUGAAUCACCCGAAUAAUCGCUCUACUGUGUUGUUUUACUUUAUGAUUGUAUUGUUAAACAAUCAUUUUUAGCCUCAAGAUGACUAAUAUUUUAAAAUGACACAAAAUAAGCAUUGAAACACAUAUUAAAUAUUGAAUAUAUUUAUUAUUUGGCCAUUUUUAUAAUGAAUAAACAUUUUUUCAGUAAUUUGUCGAGCUUUAAAAUGUAUUAUGUAGAAGUGUUGAGUUUUUGUGAGUGGGAGGCGGGUCCUUUGAAUAUUGUUGAAAACUACAAGGGGGUCUUGGAGUCAAAAAGGUUGAGAACCCCCACCCUAGAAGAACCACUUUUGGCUGAAUGGUUCCAUAAGGAACCUAUAAGAAAGUAAAAAAGAUUUUGAUGGUUUCUAUAAGAAACGUUAUGUGGCCCAAACUUAACUUCCGGUAGAUCUCCGCAAAGAAACAAUAACUGUUGAGUAGUUUUAAUUUAACUGAAUCCCAUUGAUAUACUAUAAAAUAUCAUAAUAAAUGAAUAUUAAUGUAAAUUAAAUAUCAAAUAAAUGGCCACUUGCCAGACAGGAGGUUAGCUGCGGGCCAGGCACCUGUGUCCGAUAAAACCGUCUAUAAGAACCGUAUGAUCGUCUCAUAAGAACCCUUCAGCAAAUGGUUCUUUGGGGAACCAAAAUGGGGUUUUUCUGCGACAUCACUUUAUUUUAAGAGCUUUAUGGCAAAAUGCUAAUGUACAUCAACAGCCAAACAGUCUUUAACUGCCAAAUUAUUAUAAAAGCUGAUCUCCAGGCUCCGAUAACAUAUCGUAGGUUUUACAUUCAAUGCAUUUGGCAGAUGGUUUUAUCCAAAAGUGCAUUCAAGUUAAAUGUAUUUGCGGAGUUUGUGCUGUAUAGGAAUGGACACCGAUGGUCUUUGCAAAGAGAAAGUAGAAAGGCUUUAUUGUCAUUGUAGAUUUUUGCGUUCAACGAAAUUUGGAGCAAGACGUUAUAGUUAAGAUAUAAUAUAAACAGAAAGAUUUAUGAUGGCCUUAUGCACUGUCUGAAAUAUCUCUAAGUCAUUUUAAUUGAACCAUAUUUAACUUUAAAUAUUUUUAUUUUACAUGUCAUUAACUCGAAAUGUAAACAAAUGCAUGUGGAAGCACUUCAGGGAAUUCUAACAAAUUUACAGUACACAGAUACGGUAAAAUUUCUAUGGACUGCCAGGGCUUUCGUAAGUUACAUAAAUAUUCUUCUGUUAAACAAACAUUAGAUCUUAGACAAUUCCUGUAAGCGCAGCGUAUGUGCGUUUAUGACAUAGCAAGUAGUGAGCAGUACACGGCAUUGCAAAUGCUACCGUAAAAUAAUAUCAUUAAAACAUUUUGUGCAUUUGGCAAAAUGUACCAUGUUUCUGAGCCAUGCGCAUUUAGAAUAAUUGCUAUGUGUGUCCUAAAGAAAUGUGAAUAAUAUUUUUGUAGAGCGAUGAAAGAUGAUCUGUAAAUAUAUAGAGACUGUUGCAUCAGGGCUUUUGUUUUGUUGAUUUUGUUCAGUUUUGUCUAACAUGCCGUGUCUGUGGUAACAGUUGGACAUCGUGUCAGUAUCUUUGUGUUUGAUUUAAACUCAAGUGAUGUUACGUUAUCCUCGGGCUUGUUUCUUUGUAGGUUAAACACUGUCUUGUGAUUUUAAACUCCUGCUGCUUCUAUGGUUAGUCGUGGCCCUUUCUCCAUAAGUGCCCAUUUUCUAUCUUCUUUACCUUAAUAUAUAUUCUUUAAUAGUUGUAAAUAUGACUGUUUGAGAUUUACAGCAACAUAAAUGACGAUUAUCUACUUAUCAACCUAAUUUAAAAGCAAAAUAUUGUUGUAUCUAGAGUGUAUUUUCUUUCUUAUUUAUUAAUAGACAUUUGUUUUGAGGAUUUGAGUUUUAUUGGUUUUGAUCUUAUGACAUGGUGACAUAUGGGAAAUUGCUAUUAUUGAAGCGUUGAAAAUGAGUAACACCUGAGUGGACGAUUUUGGAUUCUGAACUUAACGGAAAGAUUUGGACACCUAAUCUAUGAUUAACAAUGUAUGAAUGUCAUUGAAUUCGAUAACAAAACAUCAAAUGUAACCUUUCUUUGCAGUUUAGUUUCUUAAAAACUAACUUUUUAAAGUCUUUUUUGAAAGACGUAUGAAUCAUCAAGUAUUUGGUUACUUUUCCUUUUUAAUAUUUUUCUAAAAAUUAUUUAGUAGUACAAUUAAAUUGUUGAAAUGUAGCAUUUAAAGCAUAUAUUUAAAUUACUUAAAUAAAAUAUAAUUUGAAUAAACUAAUAAGUCAUAACGUAACAAGCUACUUUCAUUAAAUAUUUUGUUUGUAAAUUGCUUUAAAUAUAUUUAAUAUAAAUUUAUUAAGCUGAUGUAAUGCAUUGGCCUAUUAUUUAAGUUACAAUGGAGAUACAUGUUUAAGUGUGGCUUAUGUGUCCAAAUGCCUACUGCUGUAUUUAAGAUCAUUGACAGUUAGUGUAAAUUAUUUUACUUUCUGUUGUGUCAUAACAUAUGAAAACAAAAAUAAAACUCAGUACAUUCAAUAGUUUAGAUCAUUCCUUGUACUGUUUCCCACAAACCAAUGCCAACUGAACAGAGAUACUGUCCCCAUAUUUGUUACAUGAACCUGUUAAAAAGUAUAUUUUCAAUUUAAUAUGAAUAAAGAUGAAAUUAAUUUGAA